GUGCCACGGGAACUCAGGGGACUGGGACCCCAGCUCUUUCUUGUCUGCUCACAAGCUCUCGGGCCUCUGGAACUCGCAGCAUACCAACGGGGUCACACAGGGCAGUCCCCUCGGGGCCCCCCUGCUGCACUAGGUGAAAAGCACUCCAGCCUGGCUCUCUCUCCAGAGUGCAUCAGCCAGGCUCCUGCCAUGGUGGCGGGGCUCAAGGCCUGUCCCUAUGGCCAUACAACCUCCCCCGCCACUGGCAGUGCUGCCCCAGGCUCGCCUCUGCCUACCUCACUUGACUUCUGCAAGACGCUGCCGAAGCAGUUCAAAAGCAUGUGCCGGAGGGCCACCCCACCAGGUGAAGCCUUCCACUCCUCAGAGCAUCAUCAGCACUCGGACCUCACUGCUCCUCCCAACAGUCCCACUGGGCUCCCCUCCCAGCCACCAGCGCUGGUUCCCUCCAAGCAGAUGCCUGCCCACCCAGGACCCUUCGGCUCCCCUCCACACGUUCCGCUGGGCACCACCCCACAGGCUGCACUCUUCCCUGCACCCAGCGUACAGGUGGCCAGCCCCGAAACCAGCAUCUGAGUCCCCUUCCACUGGCACAGUCUCGCACAGCCCAGGGUCGUGUAAGAGCCCUCACCUGCCCCCUGCCAAUGUGCCGCUGCUGAAGAUGCCACCUCCGCUUUCGGGCUGCACUCAUCCCUGCAAUGGGCACUGCAGUACUUCACUCAUCCCUCCACCUGCCUCCCACCAACUACCCGGGACAAACAGUACUGUGGUGCAGAAGAGACUGCUUGCUUGCUUACUGCUCCUCCAGCUAAAAGACCCAAAGAAACCGCCUGGUCAACCUGCUGUUGGCCAACAGGACCUAUGUCAGUGAGACCCAUCGGGCAGCUGAGGCAC